CGCCACGCGCCGCGCCGCGUCCCCGCCCCUCCGCCAUGGCCGAUGUGGAGGACGGGGACGAGCCGGGCGCCCCCCACUCGCACCCGGGCUCCUCGGCCUCUAAGGCGGGCGGCCCCGACAAGAUGUUCUCGCUGAAGAAGUGGAACGCGGUGGCCAUGUGGAGCUGGGACGUGGAGUGCGACACCUGCGCCAUUUGCCGGGUGCAGGUCAUGGAUGCCUGCCUUAGAUGUCAAGCUGAAAACAAACAAGAAGAUUGUGUUGUGGUUUGGGGAGAAUGCAAUCAUUCCUUCCACAAUUGCUGCAUGUCGUUGUGGGUGAAACAGAAUAAUCGUUGUCCCCUCUGCCAGCAGGACUGGGUAGUCCAGAGAAUAGGCAAAUAAAAACACCGGACGUUUUCUGUUGGACUUGCUGGAGUUGUGUGUAUCUUAUGCCAUACACUCAUAUGGAAGAGUGGAAUGUCUCGAUCAUGGCAUGGUGUAUCCGAUUUGUCUGCUGUAUGGAACAGUGUGGUUUUGCUGUGUGCUCUUUGCAGUACUGCGAGGCAGUGAUGAGUCUUAUUGCAGGUGUUUCUACAACUGAAUAAAGAGGCAUUGCAUUAAUAAAUGUGUCUGUUACAAUUUGAGUGCUAACUGUAUUUAGAGCACAGAAAUGUGGUGGUGCAGAUUAUACACCAAAUACAGUUCAUUUAAUGUUUCUGCUUGGAGCAAUGAAUUAAUUUGAAAAGGAGACCUUUCCAUUAAAUCUGAUGUGCUGUAUAAUUUAGUGUCUGAUAUUGUUUUGGGUUUGGAUGAAUACAUUGUUUUUUAAUAAUGCUGUAUACUAAAAAACAAUUCAGAUUUUUAGCAAGUAUUUUGGUUUUUAAUCUAAAAUGAGUGGUAUGUGAACAACACUGUCAUUCUCAUGUAGGUUUUCUUUAUGGCUGAAGAAAAUUUGUUUCAUCUUUGAAGUCUUGCUGUGUAAUGUUCUACACGUUUUCUGCGAUCAUAGUUCACUAAAAUUUAACCACAUCUCUGAUUUUAUGUUUCUUUUAAAGUUCAUGGACACAAGUACUUUUAAUCCAGAAAUAUUUGGUACAGAGACACACAUUGGAUAUCAGUUUACGAGUGGUGUAAACCAUGUUGUUGGUUUGCUGUCUACUAUGGGAAAACAAAAACAACCAUUUUAAUGUCCCAAGGAAAGCAGGUAUCAAUUAAAUCUAGGAAAAUAAUGUUAAAUUGUGCUUUCAUCAGAACUCGUUUGAUAGAAAAUUCUUCACUGUUAUUUUAUUGGGUUAUGUGUUUGGUUUGGGAUGUAAGAGAAUGCAUUGUUUCACUGCUGUGGAAAUGCUCAAUGUAUCAUCUUUUUAAUAGGGUCAGACCCGUGAUUUUUCCCACACGUCUUUAGGUGCUUUGCCCUAAAUAUCGGAAGUAAUUACUAUUAAUCUGAACAUGUUUUGUUGUUUUUUUAAAUAUAUGUAUGUAACAGAGAGAUUGAAGUUCGGACUUAAUAAAAUGGUUAAUAAACUUGGGUGGAAUUGAA